GAAAUACUUUUAAUUGUUCUCAUACACAAAUAACGGGUUAAAAAUGAUUAAUACAGAAAAAUUAAGUGUUCGAGAACAUGCUAAAAUUUUCACGCCUUAUUGUGAUAAUGAAAACAUGCAAAUAAAGUCUGUAUUUGAAAGUAAUUAUCUGGAUCACAUGAGUAAUUUAAACUUAAAUUUGAAUUCUUCGCAUACUCAUACUCUAACUACGUUGGCCUGUGCUGUUCCACCCAACAUUACUCAGGAUUUGAUUUCACAAUUCUGUGAAAAAGGAGUUUCAAUGGUAAUGGUAGGAUUCAAUGAAUUAUCUAAUGAAGAAUGUCAAAAAAUGAUCUACGAAAUUCGCCAGGGUGUUUUUAAGUACAGCGUCAAAAAUAAUCAAAUACCGUAUUCUUUAGCAAUUGUACUUAAUCUGGAAGGGAAUCAAAUAAUUACGGGAUCUAUAAUUAGGACAAAAGUAAAUCAGACGACAUUAGAGCUACCGACCAACAACUAUGUGUAUAUUACAAACGAUGAGGAAUAUAAAGAUAAAUGCACUCCUGAACGUAUUUAUAUAAACACUGAUAUUAAACAAAUCAAGGAAAAUGAUCCUAUAUUUUUAGACUAUGGAAAGAUUGAAUUGAUUGUGACCAAAGUGGAGACUGAGGAGUUACAAUGUAAAAUCAAACGAGGUGGACUUAUUGGUUCUAAAAGAGUUGUGCUUAUUCCAGGAAUUCCUAUUCCAACGCUAUUAACUGAGGAAGACGAAAAUCGCAUAAGAAUAGGUAUUCGACAAAAAGUUGACGUGAUAUUGAUUCCAGGUGUUAGAAAUGCUGCUUUUAUCAAUAGAGUUAAAGAUUUUGUCCGCUGUGAAAAAGGACAGGACAUUGAUCUUUACGCCAAAAUUGAUAAUAGUGUAGGAUUUGAUAACAUCAAUGAAAUUAUACCAAACGCCGAUGGCAUUUUUUUAGACCUACCAAAUUUGUCCAUGGAAAUUGGACAUGAAAAAAUAUUCAUUGCUCAAAAAAUAAUAUUAUCCAAGUGCAAUAUAAUGGGAAAAGCUGCUGUAACGCAUGGCGCUUUUUUGUCUUCAAUGGAAUUUACUACGAUACCUUCUAAUGCCGAAGUGAAUAAUGUUAUCAAUACUGUACUCGAUGGAACCGAUGCUAUUUAUUUAGAUGUCACUCUUCGUACAAAUUAUCAAGUAUUCUGUUUACAUUAUUUAUCAUUUAUUUGCCGUCAAGGAGAAUCCGCUAUUUGGGAACAACAUCUAUUUAAUGAGCUUAAUCACAAGUCAAAACCGAAAAUUGAUCCAGCCCAGGCAAUUAGUAUAGGGUGUGUUGAAGUAUCACUGAAAUGUAAUGCUACAGCAAUUAUUGUUAUUUCAACUUCUGGCUUAUCAGCAAGGAAUAUUGCACGAUAUCGCCCAAGAUGUCCUAUUAUAGCUAUCACUAAGCUAAGUAAAGCAUCUAGAAAAUUGUCAGUAUGGCGCAAUCUAACUAUAAUUCGUUAUCUAAGUAAGAAGAUAAACUGUUUGAGGAAUAAAAAAUUUAAAUGUUCUGUUAUUUGUGAAUUUUUACAUAGUUCCAAUGAAACAAAUUGGUCUACUGACAUCGAAAUUCGUACUAAUUUCGCUAUAAAUUUUGGUAAGAAAAAGGGUAUACUAAAAAAUGGAGAUCUAAUUCUGUUAAUGUGUGGAAAUAAACAAGGCAUAGGAUUUACAAAUACAAUGAAAAUUUUGACCUCAUCGCACAGUAAGACAAAGGUCAGAUUACUCUACAAUAUUGUUUAAAUUCAAGUACAAUGGUGUAACAUUUGCAACGGAAAAAAGAGAAUUUGAUAAUACAAUUAAUAAAAAAAUAGUAGAAGAUAUCGAAGUUCAAGAUAAACAAUUUGAAACAUUUUUGAAUCACUAUAUUACGUUUAACCCAUCAUGGCUUAUUUAUCGACAAGAUGGGAAAGAUAUACCCGAUGAUAGAAAUAAACGAACAAAUAAUCUAUAUAAAAUUAAUUCAAUCAAAACGGAUAAUUCCAUGACCAACUGUUUCAGUAGAUAUAAAUUUUUAAAAGAUGUUGGUAAACAAGUUGUCACUGAAGUUAUUGAUUUGACAUCCGAUGAUGAAUCAAGUAUUAAUGUUAUAAAAAAUUCAUCAUUUCAAAACAGUGUUGAUAAAACAAAAAUACCAAUUUCUAAAAACUUAAAAAUUAACAAAAAAGUUGAAAAUCCCCAAACUUCACACUUAGUUGGAAAAAAGGAUGAUACAACAUUUAAUAUUUUUAAACAAAAAAAUCCUAAUAAAAAAACAGAUGAUUCUAAAAGAAUAAACCAGCCACUUAAGAAUUUUUCAAAUAUGCCAAUGUCAAAUGAAAAAUCUAAAUACAUUGAUAAAACCUUUAUAACACCUAACCAUCACGUUGAAAAAACAAAUAUUGUUAUAAAAAAAGGAAUACCUGGAUUGUCUUCUACAGUUAUUCAUACAAAACCUCAAAAUUGUAAUAGAUCUUUCAAAACCCCAAUAUUAAAAAGAACAAACGUAGAAGAAACUAUGAAUUCAAAUUUUAAAAAGCAGAAAGUUCAACACAAAUAAGUGUUUUAAAUGUAUUGUUACACUUACAUUUUUGGUGCUGAGUCAGACAAUUUAUUAUUUCGCUACUUCAUUAUUUUUUCUUGGACUUCAAAUGAAAGUUAUACAUUUCUUUUAUAGAAACUAUUUUUUUUAUUUUGGUUUUGUAAUAAUAUAAAUAUUUUGAGUUGAUAUUUUUUUAAUAUUUUAAUAUUCACAGGGAAUAUUUUUCGUUGUGGAUAGGGGAUAAAAAUACUUCCACGGCCCCUUUGCCA